AUGACAAUUGAAGAACAAAUGAAUUUGUUUCGUGUAAUAGCAGCAAUCUUACAUCUUGGAAACAUUAAAGUGACAUCUAAUCGUGACGACCAAGCUCAAAUACCAGAAACAUCUGUAUCGGAAAAAGUUUGUCAUCUUCUUGGUAUACAUGUAUCGGAUUUUAUUAAAGGUCUAGUCAAACCUCAAGUUAAAGCUGGUCGCGAAUGGGUUGCCCAAUCGCGCACAAAAGAACAAGUCUUAUACUCGAUAGAUGCUUUGGCAAAGUCAUUAUAUGAAAGAAAUUUUGGUGCGUUGGUAGAACGAAUUAAUAAGGCUACCGAUAGACCAACCAAUAAAUCUAAUUUUAUUGGCGUAUUGGAUAUUGCUGGUUUUGAAAUAUUUCAGGAAGAUACACAUAGAACAAGUAAUAGUAAACAAAAUUCUUAUAGCGAUAAAUAUGUAACUGGUCAAAAACAUUAUCAACUUAAAUCAAAUACUCAGCAAACAGUUUCAAGAAAAGGUUAUUAUGACAAUUUUAUUUUCGAAUAUUAUAAACUUAGAUAUGGAGAUAAUUUUUUAAGUAAAAUUGAAAAGAAUCAAUCUGAAUUUCCUUUAGAUGAUUUUGAUGGCGAUAAUACAGUAGUGGAUUCUAACCCUUCAACCGUGACAAAUAGUGUCAAACUAUCUGCUGAAAAGCAAAGAGAAAGAAAAGAUUGGCAAAGUUUUUUAUCAUCUGUGUUAACUGGCGAGGUUAUAAAGUCUGAGAAACAAAGAAUUAAUUCAAACACUCGUCAGGCUGCAAAUAAUAAUAAUCAAAUUUGGUUAGGAAUUCGAGCUGUUACUCAUGGUUAUCAACUUUCAGAAGAAAAACAAAUUUUGGAUGAAAAGAGACGUCAAAUUGAUGUCACGCUUAAGGAAGUAAUCAACUUUCAAGUACAGCUAAAUGAUGUUUCAGCUCUCGUUCAAGUUACAGAAUUACUUCAAAAAGUUGAUUUUUGUGAAAGCCUUUAUCCAACACGAAAGGCAAUGAUGUCUGACAAGCCUUUAUACAAAUCAGAAAAUUUUCAAUAUAACUUAGAUGCAUUAAAUUCAUGGUUAACAAUAACUAGGAGUUUACAGACCCAACUAAAAAUUCUGCAAGAUUGGACCGGUAGUAAAAAUUUAGAAAUCACAAAACCAAAGGAUUCUCCGGCCGAUGCAGAAAAUCCUUCUUUUUUAGAAAGAAUAUUGAAAGAAAACAGUUUGAAACAAACUUUUGAAAAGAAAACACUUUCCACAUUGAAUUCGCUUUUAUCAAAAGCUAAGCGUGUAAUGAUUGAGAAUGCUGAUUCAUUCGUUAAAAUGAAAUUACCCCCGUAUAUCAACGAGUUUCAACAGCUUUUAAACUUUCCCACAAAACUUAUGGAGGAAUGUAUGAAGCUUUUACUUGAAAUCUCUGGCCGUUUGACGGAUCCAACGAUGCUCAUGAUCCAACAAAGGAUGGAUGACUUUCGUAUUUCGCUUAUUUUGGCCUGUCAAAUCAAACUUCAAUAUUUAAAAUUAAUAACACCAGCAACUGGGUGGGAAAUUCCAUCAUGUAUUGAUGAAAAUUAUAACACUGUCUUACUAGAAUCUUUAAAAUUUUAUUUAAAAUUGUUACAAUGGAAGGUUAAAGGUGGUUAUAAAACAGUUUUUUUUAAGGAAGCUGAAAUAUUGGAAAAUGAAUGGUCAUUUGUAAGUGGUAUUUGUCGUGAUAUUGCUGGUGGUGAAAUUGAGGUUGCUGAACAAUUUUGUACACUUACUAACAAGCUACUUCAAAGUGUUUUAACUUAUUAUGAAUCAAAACUUGAACUACCAAAAAAUAUUGAUGCGGCAAACAUUUAUAAAUGGUAUAAUAAAAUUUUGGAAAGUGUACGUUUAAGGUCUCGUAAACUACUUCGAUUCAUAAAGCUUUUAUUCGGGGAGCUUGAAAAUUCAGCCGAAUAUUUUAUCGAUGACAACAAUUUUCCAUAUUUUAUAAAAGACUUGGAGAACACCAAUCACGUUCUUGUCUAUCCAGAUACUUUUAAUGAAGAUAAUGUCUGUUUUAUUGUUGAACAAUCUCUUUAUAAUCGAUCAGAACAAAUUCAAAAAUUACUUAAAGUUAUACUGACACCGUAUGAAAAAGAUGAUCAUGAAGAAGAGUUGAAAGGCGCAGAGUACAUACUUGUUUUGUCGCCAAGAGUACCUUUUGAAUGGAAUGGCUCAAUUAUGGUUGUUUCCUUGGGAAAUUUAAAUAUUGAACUUAAAAAUCAUCACACAAGGCUUGUUGCUAAUGGUUCUUAUACUCGAUUACAAGCAUGUAAACAAAAGUUUCGUGGUGUGGCUGAAAACUUGAAUAUCAUUAUUGAUAGUAUCAGGAAAAUUCGUGAAAUGACAAAAAAUCUUCAAUGUCAAGAGCUGAUUGAAAAUUGCUUCAGUUUUGCAACUGAAAUCGGUCAACGAUGUAUGAAAUAUUUGGAUAGAGAUGCUGUACGUAAUCAAUUAAACGUGAAAUUAACCCGCAUGGCUAUUGACUGGGUUAGUUUCAUAUGCGACGAUUGCGUUCCCACAGAUCGUAAAACUUUUCGAUGGGCUGUCAUAGCUUUGGAAUUUGCCAUGGUAGCAAAUCGUGGAAGUAAUAUUUUUGGCUUAAGCGAAGAGGAAUUUAGUUUGCUUCAUAACAAAGUCGCGUGUUGCAUGGCUUUAUUAAUUUCACAUGUAGACAUUUUGGCCAGAGGAGGAUAUUGA